AUGCCUCCCCGCUCCACACUACCCACCCCCAAAUCUCGUCCUCCACCCGCCUCUGCCUCCUCCCACGCCCACUCUAGUGCCCACACAUCCUACACCAACGCUCCCAAGCCUUCCAGCCUGUCCACAUCGCGCCCAGGCACCCCAUCAUCGCAUUCUCGCAAGAGCGCUCCUCAGUCGCGGAACGAGUCCCCAGCUAGACAUCAAAGGGAGUCCAUGGAAAAGGCACCUUUCACGCCCUCUCCCAGGCCGCAGAGGAAAAGGAGAGGGAACCAGCCCUCCAACCAGCGUUCCGAGUUUGAGCCCCAGCCUGCGUCGCCCGAAGAGGAAGAUGCUGCGUUGUUUGAUCUGCUUGGCGUCGCCCCUCCGCCCAAGAAGGCCGAGCCAGAACCUCAGCUCGAGUCGAGACGGGGUGUCAUUGUGCUUCCCGAAGGCGAGGGCUUGAAUGGUACAAAGAAGCAGAAGAACCGAAGAAAGAACAAGAAGACCCCAGAAGAGGACUUUCGGAAUGACGGUCUUCCUCGGGAUCAGGCGGAAAGCUCUAGGCGAAAGAAGAAGCCCGUCAAGCCCAUGCUCACCGAAGCUUUCUCUGCCCCUGCUCAACAACUCUCGCAGCCAUCGUCUAUCGACUCGCUUAUGGCUUCCGCCACCAAGAACUCGCCGCCCUUCUCUACUUCCUCUCCCAAACCGCGUUCGCGGGAUGUCAAGAGGGCGGAGAAUGACGGCGCGUACGAGACGGCGUCGUUGAGUAAGAGUCUGCCGGCGGAUGUGGAUGGAGUGAGUCUGAUGGCGUCUGGUGUCAAGACGAAGAAGGGGAAGAAAGAAGAUGAGAGUGCUGUAUGGGAUAUGCCGGAAGGGUCUGGUAGCCAAACGCUUACUUGGCAACAAAAACUUGCUCAGACCGAGACGCCUCCCCGGAACAGCCGAAAAGGUUUCGCCACAGAGCGCAAACCCAAGUCCAAGUUGUCCACACUCUACAACCCUUCGACUACCUCCAACUCUUCUUCGCGCCCCAGUCACGGCCGCAGACUCUCGUACGACUCGCUCGCUCAGCCAUACCACCUCUCCCAGCCCUCUAUCACCGCCCUUCCCCCCGCCUCGCAGAGGGAAAACCCGUCUCUUUCUGGGGUACCGAUCUCGGCGUUCGACGGACACAUCCCGUUCCACACGGGCUACAACGUACACCGUGCCCCCCAAACACCAGCCAAAACGGUUGCUACCGCUCACGGAAACUUGCUCAACGGAGAUGGCUCUUUGCCUCUCAUCCCUGGUGAAUUCCCCAGGCUUCAGAGCGAGGGCUCUGGAAGUGGCAGUAUUGGGAGUGCCGGAGGCAAGGGAAUGGGCAUGAAAUAUGCCGGUCCGACGUUCCACAACUCUCCUCAUGCGGCUACGCUCAGCAAGCCGGACAUGGAGGACUUUUAA